UAGCAGGCACUACAGGUUUUUUGUCAUCGAUCGACCUGCCUUCGCCGUUGGCGCGCAGCUUGGAAAAGCAGAAGCGAGGGAGGACGACAGCAGAGCCACGCCAUUGGGCUUCAAAAGAGAGCAGAGCUCUCGUCGACGACAUGUCCUCACACCCAAACCAACACCCACACCCGGCGGGAGGAUUCUCCCUCUUCCCGAACCCGAGCAACGCCCCGAGACCGCCAUCGCGAUCCCAAAGCAGGCCUCGAGCAGCUUCGCCGCCCCAGGAAGGGCGGGCUGGCUCGAUCGAGGCGACACCCCCCCGUACCGGACGGAGGAACUCAUCCGCGAGGGAGGGCAGGCAGAGGGCCGCGUCCAACAACCCGUGGCAGCAUGCGCUUGAUGCCACAAGACAGCCGGCAUAUGGAGAGAGCGCGGCAGGCCCGUCGACAGUGCCGUUCGUUGUCGAGGAUCCCGUCGUUGAGACAACAUAUUCCCAACCCGUGACGGAUGCGCCCCAGCGAUGCGAGACGGCCUUCUCCGAGGCCCAGACGCUCGUCCGCAGUUCAAGCCAGAGAUCGCGGAGCUCCAUUGCCAAACCCCCAAUAGCUUACACAACGGCCGGCCCGUCCUCGUCGUCCCAACCAGGGCAAUCCGGCGAGCCGGCCGCGAUCCGGUCCAUGUUCCCCCGGUACAACCCCGAGCUUACCUUGGACCAACAAAACUACUACCCGACCCAAGCAAGUCCGACACACAUCCCCCAAUCUGCCAUUAGCAGACCCCUUUACUCUCCACCAAGCAUUGCCCCGGCCCCCGAAGCGUCGUCCAGCAUGCCAACAACUACCUACCAAGCUAGCCCUCCGCAAGCAGCCCCCUCUGCCCCUCGCUGGCAUCCCGCCAUGGGGCAACGACACCACGAGCCCGCCGUGGCCCCGGCCGUCAACACGACCGAGGAACUCCGCGGGCUGUGGAAGGUGACGAACGGGUGGAAGGCCACCUCGUUCGACGGGCGUAACUACUGCCUCAAGAUGGCCGCCUCCCCGGACCUGCCCCCGUCAUACACCCUCUCCUCCUCCACCGGCCAGCCCUUCUACUGCCUCCGCGUCGACCCGACCUCGUCCUCGGCCCUCGUCACGCUCUCCCGCUACGACCCCAACAAGCCCUUCAAGCCGGCCUCCUCCUCCGCCGCCGCCACCAUGGCCAUCAGCCCCAGCAGCGGCGCCUCCUCCCCCUCCCCGCGCGUCUCCUCCUCCAGCCGCCACUCCAACCACCCCUUCCCCCCAACCACAGCCCACACCCCGGCCACCACAGCCUCCAAGCACCAAAAAAACUGGCAAGAAGUCCUCUCCACCCACCUCUCCCCCACCAACGAAACCGUCACCACCACCACCACCUCCCCCAACGAAGAAGACGACGACGCCCUCACCACCGGCCUAGUCGCACACCUCUGGCCCGCCGCCGCAGCGCGCCUCGUCGCCGACCGCGCCAACGACCUGACCACGGUCGCGCUCGCGCAGCAGGAAUCCGCCCGCCUGGUAUGGGACGCGGACUCGGGCAGCCACUUCCUGGCGCACCCGGCCCUCGCCAUGCCCUUCCGCGUCGCCGUGGCGCGCCACCCGGCCUACAGCCGCACCGAGUACGCGCUCGAGCACCUCGAGUCGCCGGCGCCGCUGGCGCGCCUGGUGCGCGAUGGGACCGGGGCAGGGUGGGUCGAGGUCGAUACGGGGAUUGCGGGCAAGAUUGAGGCGGUGUAUUUGGUGGAUGUGGUGGUCGCUGCGCUGGUGAUCGUGGCGCAUCUGGAUGGGGGGUUGAAUGGGGGUGGGGGUGGGGAGGUGUUUGAGCCGCCGCCGGUGGUGUUUGGUGGGCCGAAUGGGAGUGUGUAUUCGGCGGCUGGGGUGGGGGUUGGUGCGGGUGAGGGCGGGAGGAGCAGUAGCUGGAGUGAGAGGCGGGGGGUCAGUCGGGCGAGUAAGCGGGAGGAGAAGGAGCGCAAGAAGCAGCUGAAGAAGCAGCAGAAGAAGAAGGGGAAGAAGGGGCCGAUGGAGCAGUUUGAGCUGGACUUGGAGAGCCAGAGCAGCGAUCUGGGAAAGGGCGCCGAGAAGGAUAAGGUGCCGGGGGUGCUGCGGGCGUUGGUGGGGCUUGUGACCAUCACGUUCAAGUGCCUUGUGUGGUGUGCUACGGUUGCGUUCAAGACGCUGGUGGCCAUCUUGUCGGUGCUGACGAGGUGCUGUGGCCUGGGGAAGCUUUAGUUUUUGGCUGAUGUGAUGUGGGUGCUGAGAAUCGGCGGGAACGAUGUGGAACGACAGGAAUGACGGAGGAGCAGCGUUUUUUGUUUGGGAUAUUUUUUGGUUCUUCGUUGGAUACCUUUUUCAUGGUCA